AUGUUGUAUGUUGAGUGUACGCCUCCAACUAAGUCUAGUAAGACAGACCAGCCCAAGAUGGUCUAUGAACGGAUUGUUCAAUUGCUGGAAACUCUAACAGAGAAGGUGUCAUAUCAGAUCACCAUCUUUGAUGAGUAUUUCAGAAUCAUUGAACGUCAUCUUGACAAAAUAGAAGCAUCCAGUCGCCAUUUUGUGGAUAAAUUUGACGUGGUCGAUGUUUGUUCAAAGAACCUGGAAUCUCAAGAACGUCAAUCCACUGAUGAUUUGAUAAGUGCUAAACAAGGAGAAAGUUUUCAAGAAAAACCAUGGAGAAUCAAGCAAGGUGAGUUUAAGGAAGAAGUUUGUGCGCCUGAACUUCCAGCUAGCGAUGAGGACUCUAAAAUUGAAUCUAGUGAGAUUGUUGAACCUAUGAUGACACUGGUAAGUUGCCCGUUGACUGAAUCACGAUUCAGCAAAGGAGAGAAAGGUGUAACUGAUCAGUUGGAAUUCCUACAACCCAUUGAUUCUAGCGGAUUCAGAAGGCAGAAGAUGAGUCUAUAUGUUUGCACACUAAUUCCAGCUUUCCUGAAUGUUACUACAAUUUUAACUCGCCUGAGUUGA